AUGAGUCUAAAAGAGUCUGGAGUAAUGGUUAUGACAAUAGGAGUGACUGUAUUCCUUGCUGGUGCCAUUCUUCUGAUGGACAGGGCGCUCAUGAUAUCCGGGAAUCUCCUGAUAAUCAUAGGAAUUGCUCUUCUUGCCCGGUCCAGGAUGUUCUCCUUUCUGCGCCCAGAGAAAAUGCAAGCCAUGGUGAUUUUUGGAAUGGGAAUUCUGUUUCAGGUUUACAAGCUCCUUGUCUUUGGCUUUUUUCUGGAGGUCUUGGGCCUGUUCCUUCUUCUGAAAGACAGCAUCCCCACAUUCAGGACUGUGCUAACAACCUUACUCUUUGGAAAGUUGCAGAAACUUAUAAAGUAA